GCGCUGAACUUUAAGACGUGCGAGCAGGUGAUCCUUGGCACGGAGUACGCUGGUGAGAUGAAGAAGGGCAUCCUGACGGUGAUGUUCGAGCUUAUGCCGCGCAUGAACCACUUGUGCAUGCACGCGAGCGCGAAUGUGGGCAAGCGCGGCGACGUGACGGUCUUUUUUGGGCUGAGCGGCACCGGCAAGACGACGCUGUCGGCGGACCCCCAUCGCAACCUGAUCGGCGACGACGAGCAUGUGUGGACGGACCGCGGCGUGUUCAACAUUGAGGGCGGCUGCUACGCCAAGGCCAUCGGCCUGAACCCCAAGACGGAGAAGGAGAUCUACGACGCAGUGCGCUUCGGUGCGGUGGCGGAGAACUGUGUGCUGGAGAAGACGACGGGUGAGAUUGACUUCUACGACGAGUCGAUUUGCAAGAACACGCGCGUUGCCUACCCGCUGUAUUACAUCGAGGGUGCACUGAGCAAGGCCGUCGCCGGUCACCCGAAGAACAUCAUUUUCCUGACGAACGACGCGUUUGGCGUGAUGCCGCCAGUGGCGCGGCUGACGAGCGCGCAGGCGAUGUUUUGGUUCGUGAUUGGCUACACAGCAAACGUCCCUGGCGUUGAGGCUGGAAACACUCGCACGGCUCUCCCGGUCUUCUCGUCGUGCUUCGGUGGGCCGUUCCUCGUGCGCCACGCGACGUUCUACGGUGAGCAGCUGGCGGAUAAGAUGAAGCAGCAUAACAGCCGCGUGUGGCUGCUGAACACCGGCUACGCUGGCGGCCGCGCGGACCGCGGUGCGAAGCGUAUGCCGCUGCGUGUCACCCGUGCGAUCAUCGACGCGAUCCACGACGGCUCGCUCGACCAGGGGGAGUACGAGGUGUACCCCGGCUGGGGCCUGCACAUCCCGAAGCACGUCGCCAAUGUGCCGACGCACCUGCUGAAUCCACGCAAGGCCUGGAAGGAUGUGAAGCAGUUCAACGACACGUCAAAGGAGCUGGUGGAGAUGUUCCAGAAGAGCUUCAAGACGCGCUUUGCGGCGAAGGCAUCGGAGGAGAUGAAGAGCGCCGUCCCCCGCUACGUGGAAGUCUCCCGCCUGUAG